CCAGCCCUGAUUCCUCUGCUCUCCCUCAGAAUUCGACGCUUUCUCUGGAUGUUUGUGGCAAGACUGCUAUGAAGGCAUCAUAAAAGGCUGGUCUUAUUCUCUUAGCAAAACGUAGAGAGUUUUAUUUAAACUUUUCAUCCUGCCUUUAGCAUUCUCUUUAUUUUGUGUAUUCCUGUUGUGGGUAAAACCACAUACCACAAAAAUAUGAGUUCUGUGCGUCGGUAAUUUUUUUCCUUAGGCUACCUCGAAAAUAACCUAGAUUCAUGCCUAACUUGAACGAAAUUCUGAUUAUGACUAAAAGUUAACACAUCGUGGAUAGCCUAUGGUCAUGGGGGUAAACUUGAAUUUGGGGUAUAUAAACCAAUAACGUUUGGAUGAAUUGUUUAGCAUGAGAGCAGGUGAGCCAGUCUUCGUGUUUGUCUAGUGAGGCGACGUGCGCAUUUCCCGCUGAAAGAACGAAGCGGAGUAUUGGAGAACGGAGGAGAACGGCGCAGUGAUCUGUGCUGGGGAUUACGCCUCCGAACACCGCAGAAAAGCCAGCCGCACCGAUAUGGGUUCCAGGCUGUGUGAUGUACGACCGGUGCACCUCCCCCCCAUCCUCCUCCUGCUCCUCGUCCUCCAGGCCAUGCUGCCGCUCUGUUCUGGUGAACGCACCUGCCCUCACAGCUGCCGUUGUGAGGGGAAGAUAGUCCACUGCGAGUCAGCUGGCUUCUUGGACGUCCCUGAGAACAUCUCAGUGGGCUGCCAGGGCCUCUCUCUUCGCUACAACGACCUGCACACGCUGCUCCCCUACCAGUUUGCCCACCUUAACCAGCUCCUCUGGCUCUACAUGGACCACAACCAGAUCUCUUCUCUAGACAGUCGGGCCUUCCAGGGGGUCCGCAGGCUUAAAGAGCUGAUCCUCAGCUCCAACAAGAUCUCUCAGCUCCACAAUGCCACCUUCCAUGGGGUGCCCAACCUCCGCAGCCUGGACCUGUCCUACAACAAGCUGCAGGUGCUUCAGCCGGGGCAGUUCCACGGCCUGAGGAAGCUUCAGAACCUCCACCUGCGCUCCAACGGCCUCACCAACGUCCCCAUCCGGGCCUUCCUGGAAUGCCGCAGCCUGGAGUUUCUGGACCUGGGCUACAACCGUCUCCGGGCCCUCACCAGGACCACCUUCCUGGGGCUGCAGAGGCUCAUGGAGCUUCACCUGGAGCACAACCAGUUCUCCCGGAUCAACUUCUUUCUGUUCCCACGUCUUGCUAACCUGCGGGCACUCUACCUGCAGUGGAACCGCAUCCGAGCAGUCAACCAGGGCCUGCCCUGGACCUGGCACACGCUGCAGAAACUGGAUCUGUCUGGCAAUGAAAUCCAGACCCUGGACCCUGCCGUGUUCCACUGCUUGCCCAACCUCCAGACCCUCAACCUGGAGUCCAACAAGCUGUCCAACGUGUCCCAGGAGGCAGUGUCUGCCUGGAUCUCCCUGAACUCUAUCAGCCUGGCGGGUAACGUGUGGGACUGUGGGACAGGCAUCUGCCCCCUGGUGGCCUGGCUGAGGAACUUUCGUGGCACUAAAGACACCACCAUGAUAUGCAGCAGCCCAAAGCAGCUCCAGGGAGAGAAGAUCAUGGAGGCUACGAGGAACAAUGGAAUUUGUGAGGAAACAGAUUACUUCCAGACAGAAACCCCUUCACCGACCCCAGAUUUAAUUGAGACGACACCCGACGCAACCCCCGCACCCACCAGCCCCCCUCCACCCCUGCCUCCACCUACCACCCUGGCCCCCCUACCCCCACCUCGGCCUCAGUCCCCCCCCCGGCCCACUUUCCCCAGCCGGGUAAGGAUUGACCCCAGAGACUCCCCUCCCCAGGCCCCGCCCUCCCUCCGCAGCCUGGUGGUGACUCAGCCCCCAGAGCUGGAGCACAUGUCCUUCCACAAGGUGGUGGUUGGCAGCGUGGCGCUCUUCUUCUCCAUGUCGCUCAUCCUGACAGUCAUCUACGUGUUGUGGAGGCGCUACCCGAAUGCGGCACGGCUCCUGCAGCAGCGCUCCGUGGUGGGCCGCAAGCGGCGGAAAAAAAGCCCAGAGCCUGAGCAAAACCUGAGCUCCCAGCUGCAGGAGUAUUACAUGAGCUACAACCCGGCCGCCACCCCUGAGGGCUUGGAGGUACUGGGCAACGGGACUGGCUCCUGCACCUGCACCAUCUCCGGCUCCAGAGAAUGCGAGAGUGAAUACACAUGUCCCCGUCCACUACCUGGAGCUUGGCUUGGAGAUGUACCCACCAUUCACUAGAAGACGUACGUUUUACCAGCCAGUUGCUAACAAGCAGAGGAAUCAGGCCCUACAACACUACAGCUACCCCAUUACUGUCUGUCCUGAUCUUACGGUGGCACUCUCUAAACAUCUGAUACAGACAGAUGUCAAACUAUACCUCAACAGGCCCAUUGACAAUCUAAUUUGGAAGCAAGAAUGACUUUCAGGAUUUCUACCACUGAAUAUUUCUCCAUAAUCUUUCUGUAUCUUGGUUCUCAGCUGCCCUACGACAGUGUUCAUCCAACUAUGACUAAGGUUGCUGUUAAAGCCUUGGCCAUGUUAACCCUUUGAUUGAGGGGGUUUGGAACAAUUCACGUCUGCAACACCUCUCUGACCGUUGCCACAAUGGGUAGUGUCACCCUGUCACUCUGCUGGAGGCUGGCGAAGUGAAAAUGGUCUGUGGAGCAUACGGACCAUUACAGCUAAUGGAGGUGACAAGUGGACAGGGCGGUGGCCGUCCAGACGCAGAUUGUCCCUUCUUUCCCGGCAAGAAACCACAGGUGUCAGCCCAGCAACGACCUGAUGAUGUGCACUGAACAAGUAGCUCUGACUGCCUGGCAAAAUUGAAAUGUGCAAACUCUGCUGUGUGUAAUUUAAAAUACAUUUCCAUGUUUUUUCUUUGCUGUUGAACAACCCAUUAUUUGCAGCUGUGGUUUAGAAAAAUAUCAAUAAUUUCUAUUCUGCCAAGAUGGCUUCAAAAAAAGCUAUGCUCUCGUUUGCAGCUCAGAAGUGUUCAUGUGGAUUUUGUUUGCUUUAUAAGUUUACAGCGUGUACCUGUCUCUUGAGUAAUAUUUGAGUAAAGCUCUCAUUGUUCAUCUAGUCCCCUGGGGAGAGCUGCAGUCAAUAGCUGGAGGUACUUUUCUGAGAAGUCUGAGGAUCUGGUCUGGAGAACAACUGAUCUUCAUGCCAAUCACAUCUAGUAGUAGAGGAACUCAAUCUAUUCCCAGACACACAGACAGCUGUAAUUACACAUCAUGGCCCAUAAUCAGGAAAGAAAAGAAAGAGACUCAAACUUCUCAACUGUAUAUGACUAUUUACAGUAUUAUUUGUUGCUACCAUCUUUCUCCGACACCAAAGGCCUUUAGGGGUGGGUGUUUUGGAUCUCUCUGUCUCGUGGGCACUGGGGAGAACUCUAGCUUUGGUGGUUCUGUCUCUUUAAAAGGACCAGAGGAUUUCACAACAGAACCAUUUCAAAGCGGAGUUGCCUCGGUGGGAAUUCUCACUGAUAUGAGACUAGUGCCAUAGGGUGAACGCACUACAGAGAUGGAUGUUCUGUAUGAGCCAUUUUAUCUGUGUGUGCGUGUGCGUGUGCGUGUGCGUGUGUGUGUGUGUGUGUGUGUGUGUGUGUUGGAAUGAUGAACGUUCCAGAGAGGAUUCCUUGAAUUUCUCUAGAACCUUUGAAGAUGGAUGAAGCCUCAACGCUCCCCCGUUCUUAUAGUACUACAGUGCUCUUCUGCCAAAUCAACAUGCAUGUCUGUGUGGGUGUGUGUAUGUGUGUGUAGCGUGUAGCGUGUUUGACUUCAUUCAUGAGUGUGCUUGCAUUGCUUGACAGUGUAUUUGAACGAGAGAUUAUGUAUGUGUGUCACAAAUACGGUUCAUGCCACUGCUAACAAAUUGUGAGUAACGCUGAAUACAUGCUGUGUCUACAUCAAAAUCUCCUUAAAAGGAUAUGUCAAAUCCCCUUUAAACGGAUGUGUUGAAUUUGUGUGUG